GCAAAGCUCAGUUCCACACAUUAUAUUGCCACGCCCACUUUUAAAAUGGCGCUUCACUUCUCAGGAGAGGCAGUAGAGGAUCAGUUUUAUACUGACUUUGGCAACUUAAACAAGCUACAAGACGAGAAGUUUCAGACUCUCAUGGUGCUGGUUUUUGAAUUCCUGGCAUCACCACAAACAUCUUCUCAGUUCAUUAGUAAUUUGGAAAAGUUUGCCUCAGACAAUGGCCUUGGCAGUGGAGCAUUGAAAAACCUCAUCAAGACCGUCCUAGUUUUUUUCAAAGCAGCUCUCAAGAGGAAUUUGCCUCCUACUCAACUCAAGGAAGAUCUACUUCAAUUAGGAUUAUCUGAAGAGAAGGGGUCCUGGGUUGCAGCUCAGUGGAAAACAAACCUUGGAACGUUUUCAAAGAUUGCCGUGGGCCAGUCCCUCACUGUCAAUCAGUUGGUGGACAUGGAGUGGAGGUUUGGAGUGACUGCAGCUGAUAGUGAGAUGAAAAAAGUGGGCAAUACGUAUCUUCAGUUAAAACUUGUGCUAGACAAAGGCAUCAAAACAGAAGAAGUAUUUAUGGAACUAACUCUUCCUCAAUUUUAUUCGUUUCUACACGAGAUGGAAAAAGCAAAAGCUGGAAUUGAAUAUUUAACAUAGUCACUCUAGUCAACAUAUUUACUGCAUUAUCUGUAGAAAUUAUAUUAUUAUUGUCGUUAUUAUAUAAUUGUAUGUUUGUGUUCUUCAAUUGUGAAUCUAUUAUUUUGUUAGCUGCCCAUUAUAAUAGUGUACCCAA